GAGAUUUUACAGCUCUCCUGCCCAGAAGUAGUACUCGCUGCGGUGGUGUCCGCGUCCUCCUGCACAAUACGGGCUAGGGAAUCUCACCCAGCAGUUCUUGCGUUUAGCCCAAACAGUUGGGAUUGAAUUAAAGGCUUUUUAAAAAGGACCUUCCAAUCUUUUGGCUUUUAAAAUGCCAAGCCGUGGAGUCCUCCAGCAUUCCUGUUGAGUUGUAACUGGUCAAUCAUCCCUUGUGUGUGGUACUAUGGAAAUAACACCGGCAGUGGAGCAAGACUGCAACCCGCAGCUGGCCAUCUGCCAUGAGAGUGUGUCUCCCUUCCUCCUGUCACAGCCACCCGCUCUGGCUGUAGCAGUGGAUGCAUUCUCUGCUAAAUGUGUACUUAUUUUUAGUGAUUUAAUUAUUGUUUCAUUUAAUUCAGCAAUUCCAUCUGCAUCUCUAGGUGUUGGCAGCACUUGCAGGGGUCUAACAGUAACGGCCUCCACAACUGAAGAUGUCUAACAAUGGAGUUGAAACAGAAGACAAACCACCCGCUCCUCCGAUGAGAAAUACCAGCACUAUGAUUGGAUCGGGAAGCAAAGACGCUGGGACUUUAAACCAUGGCUCAAAACCUUUGCCUCCCAACCCGGAAGAAAAGAAAAGGAAGGACCGAUUUUACCGAUCUAUUUUACCAGGAGAUAAAACCAAUAAAAAGAAAGAGAAAGAGCGGCCAGAGAUCUCUCUCCCUUCAGACUUUGAACACACUAUUCAUGUGGGGUUUGAUGCAGUCACGGGAGAAUUCACAGGAAUGCCAGAGCAAUGGGCACGUUUACUGCAGACUUCCAACAUCACCAAGUCGGAGCAGAAGAAGAACCCCCAGGCAGUGCUGGAUGUGUUGGAGUUUUACAACUCCAAGAAGAUCUCCAACAGCCAGAAGUACAUGAGUUUCACAGAUAAAUCAACAGAGGAUUACAAUUCAUCAAAUACGUUGAAUGUGAAGGCUGUCUCUGAGACCCCUGCAGUGCCCUCAGUGUCUGAAGAUGAAGAUGAUGAAGAUGAUGCAGCUCCACCCCCCGUGAUAGCUCCACGACCUGAACACACAAAAUCUAUAUACACUCGCUCUGUGAUAGACCCUCUUCCUCCUCCUACCAGGGAUGUGGCCACCUCUCCUAUUUCCUCUCCCUCGGAAAACAGCACAACGGCACCUGACAUGCUGGUCAGGAACACGGAGAAACAAAAGAAAAAGCCAAAAAUGUCAGAUGAAGAGAUCUUGGAAAAAUUAA